ACUUCUCCCGCGCCGUCCUCUGCCGCCGCCCCCUAAUAUCUUCCCGCCAAUUUCUCUCUCUACUGCGACUAGGAGGACACAACAAAUUUUGAUUGGUAAACACAUAAUGGUUUGAAGAAGAAGAGGAACAAAAAAACAAUCUCCAAAUAUUACAAAGAUAGAACUAGAGAGAGAGAGAGAGAGAGAGUGAAGAAGACGGGAAGCAGCUGGAGAAGUCGCCGGGGAAAUGGGAAUCAAAGAUUUGCUCAGGUUCAUGAAACCCUACAUUGAACCAAUUCACAUCAAGAAAUACGCCGGCAAGCGUGUGGGCAUUGAUGCAUAUUGCUGGCUGCAUAAAGGAGCUUAUUCAUGUAGCAUGGAGAUUUGCCUCGAUUCGAAUAGCCAGAGGAAGUUUCGAUACUUGGACUACUUUAUGCACCGCAUCAAUCUUCUUAUUUAUCACAACAUCAUUCCAGUGGUUGUGUUAGAUGGGGCUAAUAUCCCAUGUAAAGCUGCUACAGAACAUGAACGCCGCAGGAAAAGAGAAGCUAAUCACGAGUUGGCAAUAUCAAAGCUCAAAGAAGGGAAUGCUACUGCUGCACUAGAGUAUUUUCAGAGAGCAGUGAACAUCACUCCAUCAAUGGCAAAUCAGCUUAUUCAGAUACUAAAAUCUAAACAGAUAGAGUUUGUGGUAGCUCCAUAUGAGGCUGAUGCACAGUUAGCCUAUUUGUCGAGUCUCGGAGAAGAGAGAGGUGGGGUAGCAGCAGUUAUCACGGAGGAUAGUGAUCUAUUAGCAUACGGUUGCCAAGCUACCAUUUUCAAGAUGGAUCAAAACGGCAAUGGUGACGAGCUAGUCUUAGAUGGUGUUUUUGACCCAGCAGUAUCUCGCAAACCAUCAUUCCAACAUUUCACUAAGGAACUGUUCACAGGCAUGUGUGUCCUAGCUGGGUGUGAUUUUCUUUCAUCAGUUCCUGGAAUCGGCAUCGUAAAGGCUCAUACAAUAGUUUCCAAGUACCGCAACUUGGAUAGGGUUUUAUCAGUCUUGAAGUUGGAGAAAGGAAGCAAAAUGCCAGAAGAUUACAUCAAAUCCUUUAAAGAAUCACUUGCAGUUUUCCAACAUGCCAGAAUUUAUGAUGGCAAGACAAAGUCAAUGAAACACAUGAAUCCCAUUUCACAAGCUUUGAUAGAACUCUUCUCCGGAAAAAUGGAUUUCCUCGGGCCAGAAGUUCCAUCUUCGGUAGCCACUGCAAUUGCUGAAGGAAAUUUAAACCCGUUAAAUUUGGAAUCAUUUGAUUGUUUGCCAAGUCCAAGCUCACAAUCAGUCACAGGGGUUCUCACAAAUACUUGCAAACCCAACAAAUCUGAAGGCGUAACGAGUUUCAGACGAAAGUGCAGUUUUGUGGAUGCUCAAGUUCUCGAAACCAGAAUUGAAAAGGAAAAUAUUGGUGAAAGCAAGUGUUUAAAGGAAGCUUUGGCACUUUACAGAAUAGGAGUGCCAUCUGAAACCCUCAAGGAAACAGAAAGUGCUGUAGCUCCUGAUGAAGUUUCAGUUCCAUUGAAGGUUCCUAACAACCCAUUUAAGAUCAAGACAGCAGCAGAGGAAAUUGUAUCCAACGAUUUACAGUUACAGGAGAAGACUUUGAGUACUUGCAUAAGCUAUUAUGAGGAUAUUACACCAGAGGGUACUCCUGAAGUGACUCUUUCUAAGAAAAGAAAGCAACUGGAUUUGGAUUCAUGCUGCAAGAGUCUUACUGCAGAACAAACAUCGGAGGUGAUUGAGUUGCAGAUUUCGGAGUCCUUCGAUUAUAAGCAAUCACAAGAAAGUGUGAAUUCAAAGCACACAGAGCUCUUCUCAGGAGGAAAGGGUAGACUUCAGAAUAGGAAAAAGAAAAGUACUACAACUGAUUCAGGAAGAAGUAGCGCUAGUACAAUUUUGAACUUUUUCUCUCGAGUGUAGGAAACUUGUCUUCAAAUGGUACAUUAUGAGUGGCUUACCACCUUAAUUUUUCAUUCACCUUCAAACAUGGCACAUAAUGGAAGCACUGUGAAAGCAUCCAAGAACAUGUUUCGUCGUGUUUGGAAGUGUUCAGAUAUUGGCCCCGACCAAGCCAAGAACUUGUACGAACACUCCCUCCAUUUAGAGAGGCUUCCAACUACCAAUUUGUCGUAUGCUAUAGAAAACUUUAGCAAGGCCUCCCAGCCAAGAACCGGAUACAUGGAAGGUAAAGCCGU